CCUUUAAGGCAAGAACUUCUGAAAUGGAAUGGAUGGGGAUAUAAUGACUCCAAAUUCAUCUUCAAUAAGAAGGGUCAAGCAGAAUUCACAGGAAAAAGGUACAGAUUAGGUGGUAUGGUAUUACCAACUUUUAAGGAAUGGAUAGAAAAAACCUUUGGAGCCAGUCUGGAUCACAAAACUACCUCUAGAGCAACCUUAAAUAUUAAUGAUGUACCUCCAUCCAUUGUAAAUGAAGAAUUUCUUCAGGAUCUUAGAGCCACUAAAAUCUCAUACUCGCAGGAUGCAGAAGAUAGAGUAUUCAGAGCUCAUGGUCACUGCCUACAUGAGAUAUUUAUACUCAGGGAAGGAAUGUUUAAGCGAGUUCCUGAUAUAGUUGUAUGGCCUGUUUGCCAUGAAGAUGUAGUUAAAAUUGUGGAAUUAGCCUGCAAACACAAUCUCUGCAUAAUACCAUUUGGUGGAGGGACGAGUGUGUCUAGUGCCCUGGAAUGUCCUGAAGAAGAAAAAAGAACAAUUGUCUCGCUGGAUACAUCACAAAUGAAUCGGAUUCUCUGGAUAGAUGAGAAAAACUUAACAGCUUGUGUGGAAGCUGGCAUUGUUGGUCAAGAUCUGGAAAAACAGCUUGCAGAAAGUGGCUUCUGUACAGGCCAUGAACCAGACUCCAUGGAGUUCAGCUCACUAGGAGGAUGGGUAGCAACACGAGCAUCAGGCAUGAAAAAAAACAUCUAUGGAAACAUUGAAGAUAUGGUGAUUCAUAUAAAAAUGGUAACUCCUAGAGGAAUAGUAGAAAAAAACUGUCAAGUACCUCGUAUGUCAACGGGGCCUGAUAUCCAUCAUUUCAUUAUGGGAUCUGAAGGGACUCUUGGAGUGGUUACUGAAGUUACGAUAAAGAUUCGCCCAGUCCCUGAAUACCAGAAGUAUGGCUCUGUGGUCUUCCCUAACUUUGAACGAGGGGUGGCCUGCUUAAGGGAAGUGGCAAAGCAGAGGUGUGCUCCUGCAUCAAUUCGCCUUGUUGACAAUGCACAGUUUCAGUUUGGUCACGCUCUUAAACCACAAGUUGCUUCUAUUUUUACAUCAUUUUUGGAUGGACUGAAAAAAUUCUACAUCACAAAGUUUAAAGGAUUUGAUCCCAACAUACUGUGUGUAGCUACCUUGCUCUUUGAAGGUGAUAGAGAGAAGGUUCUUCAGCAUGAAAAGCAAGUCUAUGAUAUUGCCACCAAGUUUGGUGGCUUGGCAGCAGGAGAAGAUAAUGGACAGAGAGGAUAUAUGCUGACAUUUGUCAUCGCUUACCUUCGGGACCUGGGCCUGGAUUACUAUAUAAUAGGAGAAUCGUUUGAGACAUCUGUUCCUUGGGAUAGGGUUUUGGACCUUUGUAGGAAUGUAAAGGAAAGGAUAGUAAGAGAAUGCAAAGAAAAGGGUGUUCAAUUUGCCCCUCUUUCCACCUGUAGGGUGACACAGACUUACGAUGCAGGUGCAUGUGUCUACUUCUACUUUGCCUUUAACUACAGAGGAAUUAGUGAUCCUAUUCAUGUCUAUGAACAAAUUGAGAGGGCUGCUAGAGAAGAAAUACUUGCCAAUGGAGGAAGUCUGUCACAUCACCAUGGAGUAGGCAAAUUGCGGAAGCGCUGGAUGAAGGAGAGCAUCUCUGAUGUUGGCCUGGGAAUGCUGAGAUCCGUUAAAGAAUAUGUGGACCCCAAUAACAUCUUUGGAAACAAAAAUCUUUUAUAAAGCCCUGCACAACAUGAUGUCCUAAAACUUCUUCAAAAUUACUGUUGAAAACCCUCCACUUUCAUUGUACUGAUAUCCCAGUAAUCAAAUAUAACAUAGACUAAACUUUGAAAACUAGUGACUUACUUUGAUUUUUUUUUUUUAUUUUUUUUUUUUUUUUGCUACCCUCUUCCCCUCCCCCCAAUAAAGUGUAAUCAUCACUGUUAAUGUUUAUGGAUUUUUACUUACCAUGCUCUUACACUUUGUGCCCAGUGGGUUGUUUAAGAGUUUAUUACCAAGCAGGAAAUGCAAACUUGGUUUUCCAAGUUUGGUUAGGCAACACAGUUGACAGUAGUUUCAAUGCUGGAUACUGCCAGAUGUUUCUUACUAAAGCCUCCCCUGGAAGGAGAACAAAGACUGACAACAGUGUUUUCUACGGAAGCAGCUGCUCAACCCAGCCUUUUGCUAAAUGAAAGCUGCUAAAGAGACAGAUGAGAGAACA